AGAAGUACGUAAAACAUCGAGCAGGAGCAUCUUUGACAGACAAAAUGGCAGCGGAUAGGAGCUAGCCGCUUGGCUAAUGUAAACAUCCACCUAGACGGGACUGAAGCUGGGACAACUAUCAAUAAUUCCCUACAUCUUCUGAAAACAGCGAAAAGAAGAUGAACACAAUGAGCCAGCGAACUGAACGGCGUGGUAUCCAUUUGGACCAAUCCGAGCUUCUCUGCAAAAAAGGAUGUGGUUUUUAUGGCAACACCGCUUGGCAGGGCCUCUGCUCAAAGUGCUGGAGAGAGGAGAACCAACGUGAGAGACAAAAACAAAUUCAAGAGGACUGGGCACUUGCUGAAAGACUGCAGAGAGAAGAAGAAGAAGCUUAUGCCACUAGACGUAAGCCACCACAAUCCCAACCAGCUAUAACACCCUUCAGCAAGUUUGAAGAAAGAAAAACAAAAGAAAAAUCCAGCAAAGUCAACACUGUUACUAAGUUUUUUACUCCUUCAACCAAGACUCCACCAAAAAAAGAUAAUGCUUUUGACUCUCAGUCCACUCCAAGUCCUAGUUCUUCAUCAAGUCGUCAUUCUUCAGCUGACACAGACCAUGCAACAAGAGAGUUUAUCGAUUUUCUUAAGCCACUGAAGUCCGGCAGGGAGAUUUUUAAACAAUGCCGGGCUUUCACUGAAAGCAUGGUGUAUAAGCGAGAAAUGGGUGCUGAUGAAUUGUCAGAGUGUGUCCAGGACUUUUACCAAAACUUAUCUGACCGCUUGCAGACACAAUUUAAAGGUUCCACUGAACAUGUUGAGAGUGUUAUGGAUGCAGUUGAAAAAUAUAUGAUGACUCGACUGUAUAAGGAGGUUUUUUGUCCUGAGACCACUGAUGAUGAAAAGAAGGAUUUGGCUAUUCAGAAAAGGAUUAGAGCCUUGCAUUGGGUCACAAUUGAGAUGCUGUGUGUUCCUGUAGAUGAGGAGAUUCCAGAGGUCUCAGACAGUGUGGUCAAAGCAAUCACAGAUGUCAUUGAAAUGGAUUCCAAGCGUGUUCCAAAAGACAAGCUCGGUUGUAUAACUCGCUGCAGCAAGCACAUCUUUAAUGCAAUAAAAAUCAGCAAAAAGGAGGCAGCAUCAGCAGACGACUUUCUCCCCACACUCAUUUACAUAGUACUCAAGGCAAACCCUCCACGACUGCAGUCUAACAUCCAGUACAUCACGCGCUUCUGCAACCCCAGCAGGCUCAUGACAGGAGAGGAUGGAUACUACUUCACUAACCUGUGCUGUGCAGUUGCCUUUAUUGAAAAGCUGGAUGGUCAGUCACUGAAUCUGAGUGCUGAAGAAUUUGAGCUAUACAUGUCCGGACAGGCCUCUCCCCACUGGCCACAGGGAGCCAGCUCUUCCACCGACUCUCCUGGCAGCUCUGCCCUCAAUCAAGUCCACAAACGCCUGGAUCUUUUAACUGGUUUAGGGGAAAGGCAGGACCGUGUCAUUGAGAAGGCACGGCAGCUAGAGAGCGACCUCAUCGAUUGGACAGAUGAAGUAGGGCAAAAGGUGCAGAGCGUUCUGGAGAGCUUUCCACAAGACCUCCCAAACCCAUCCACCUCCACAUCUGCAUCUGCCAUAGACUCUGAGAAUGUAGAGAACGAGCUGCUGCCCCCGCCCCUGCAGCCACAAGUGUUUGCAGGUUAAUGUCCAGAGCGCCUGUCUGCAUUUUACUCCAUCCUUCUUCCACCUCAAUAUCUAAGAACAUUAGGAAUUUGAUUUAAAACAUAAAUCACUUUUAGGACCACAAAACACUAAUGAUAUUGAACACAGCUAUUGCUCUGUUAAUAAUACUAACCCAAAUUUAAUUUUCUGCUAUUUAUGAAGCCACACCUAAAAUGCCAAUAGAAAGAUUUAGAUGAAAACAUGUCCAAAUACAUUUUGUGAGGAUAAACAUUAUUUAACACACAACAAUAAUUUGUCACAUUACAUCAGAUACAUUCACAGGCUGAUACAGGCUUUUUAGACUUCUUAUUUGUUCUUAAUUUUGAGAUAAUUUGACCUAUAUAGCAUAAUAUAUUAAAAAAAAAAUCUUGUGCAGUUAAUCCUUUCAUAAGACAUUCUACUUUUAAAAGCCCUUUCUGAAUGUUUUAUUUAUUCACCAUAGCAACAUUUAGCAGUGAUCCUGGCAAAAAUCAUACUUUUUAUAAAAAUCUUUGUUUUAAGUCAUUAACAACAUUUACAAAGUUAAAAAAGCUGGGGCACACAAAAAGUACAGAAUAAUUAAAAGCCUUUAUUACCACAUGGCAGAUAAAAAAAAUUAUGCCAACACAUUUUGGCCCUUUCACUUCAUCAGGGCAAACUGCGACAUUUGCUUGAAAGUACUUUCGUUUUUUGAGAAAGAAGAAGUUCCAAUUUUUUCAGUAACUUCCCUUUGCCCCUGAAAAGAAGUAGUUCAUUCUUGUGACCCAUGCUCUGUGCAUCUAUCCGCUCACUGUGGAGGGAGUGGAGGUUUGUGUGAUAGCACUUCUGUUGUAUGGACAUUUUCCCAUUUGUUUCUUGAAUCCAUAGGGACCCCCAAUGUAUGACAGUAGUCUUGUUGAUGCAACACCUAUAACUCUAGUCAUAAAUGGGUGUUUAAAAUUCAUUUUAUUUUUCUAUAAGGUGCAGGUUAUUGAUUCUUUUUGAUGCAAUAACUGUGACAUUUAGUCAUAUAUCAGAUCUGACAGUGCUCCAGACCUCACAUUUCAGUUGUCGUUUGUACAAAAUUACAAUUUAUUUAUUCAUUGGCACAUUCUCUUGUUUGAGAUUUGUUAAAUGAAGGAACCUUAAGGAUCUCACUGUUAAUGACAGAACUGUACUGUCAACUUGUGUUACAUUUAUUUCACUUUCUUCUUUUUGUCAGUAUAUGUAUUGUAUGUCCACUUUGAAUUUGACAAAAAGAUUUGAAUCCAGAUUUUAACAACCGCUUGAAUAAAUGUAUUGCACUGUAUGCAGAAGCCAUUUAUGCGAUGUUUUAAGUUUUGAACUUUAUCUUUGCAACCUUAUAGGUUUAUGACAUGGAAAAACAAUACUGUCUUCUAUUUAAAUGUAACUUAUUGGGGCAGUAUUGGUUUAUUUGCAUCUAUGGGUGUGUGCUGACAAUUAAUAAAAAACAAAACAAAAUGGUA